GUAGCGUUGCGGCGUCUCAAACUACAGCUAGUAGGUGAGCGCGAGAUUGGGUGAGCCCCCUGCCCUAGGCUACUCGCUGGAGCCCCGGGCACGGCCUGGGGGGCCUGGGUGGAAGCCCAGCGGGUCCUCACAGCUGCCGGAGGAGCGGUGGCACUGCCUCCGAGGCCGACCGGGAGCGCGGCCUUGGCGCAGGUUUACAGCGGUGGCAGCAUUCAUGGCAGGUCCCCUGUGGCGGGCAGCAGCAUUUGUGCAGAGACACAGGACAGGCUUAUUGGUGGGUUCCUGUGCAGGCCUGUUUGGGGCCCAAAUCUCAUACCACCUUUGCCCAGAUCCUGUGGUUCGAUGGCUAUACCAGUACUGGCCUCAGGGCCAGCCAGCCCCGCUCCCCCCAAAGCUACAGAGACUCUUCCAAGAGGUGCUAGAGGACAUAGGCAUCCCAUCAGGCCAUUGCUAUGAGGCCUUCACCGCCUUCACCUUCCAGCCUGUGAGUGCUGGCUUCCCAAGACUCCCUGCUGGGGCUGUGGUGGGCAUCCCUGCCAGCUUCCUGGGUGACCCAGUGACCAACACCAACUGUCCUGUGGUUGUACAUGGGCAAAGAGUGGACUGGAAGACCCCAGAAGGUACCCGGCUGAGAAAUGCCCUAACCCUAUCUCAUGAUGCUCAGAAGUUUGCCUUGGCCAGGGAAGUGGUGUACCUGGAGAGCAGUGCCGCUGCCCUACAGGCCCUGGUGGCCCCAGCUUGCCUAGCAGGAACCUGGGCACUGAGCGUGGGUGCCAAGCAUGCAUUGGGGCUCUAUGGAAGCCCCAUGAACUUACGGGCUGCAUUCAACCUGGUGGCAGCAGUGGCAGGCUUUGUGGCUUAUGCCUUCUCCACCGACUCUCUCACUCAUGCACUGGAAGCCUGGCUGGACCAACGCACAGCCUCCCUGUCUACAGCCUAUUCCCAGGGUGGAGUGGAGUUCUAUGAGAAGGUUUUGUCGGGCAACCUAGCUCUGCGCAGUCUCUUGGGCAGACCUGGAGAGAAGCUGUAUACUCCCAGCGGGAAUGUUGUUCCCAGACAUUGGUUCCGCAUCAAACAUUUACCUUACACAACCCGCCGGGACUCUCUGCUACAAAUGUGGAGGGCAACACUCAACUCAGGCCGUUCGUGAGGGGCCCAUCUCACAGGCAGUUCCAGCUCGUGUAGGCGUCACCCUGCCAUUGACACUGCAGGCUCUUGGUGCUUCUGCACCCACAGCCCAGUGUCAGAAAAAAUCGUAAGCUUUGGAGUUAAACAGCCUAGGUCCUACCCCAGCCCAGUUCUUAUAAUCUCAGCACCCUUGGCAUAUCCCUUUAUGAAUCUGAGACUUGGUUUCCUCCACUGUAAAAUGGGGAUGAUGUAAAUUUCUGGCAGGAUUGUGGGGUCCCCUGGCAGAAAGGGUGUUCCAUAAAUAAACAGUAUGUUCCUCCUUGGUCUUUGAAUACCA